GUACGUUCUCCCCUUUUCAUAUCCAUUAGGACCAUUACACAUAUUCAUAUCAUUCCAAAGCAAUCCCCACAAAUCAUAUCCUCCUAUCCAUCUUCUUCCAAUCUCUCUCUCUCUCUCUGUGUAGUCUUCUUCAAAAAGGAUCCAAAAAUCCAAAUGAUGAUGAGGAAUCAGGACAUUACUACGAUCAGAGACAAGAAGAAGCCAAAUCAUGCGUGUGGUGGUAGUAACAACAAACCAAAGCUAAGAAAGGGACUUUGGUCUCCUGAUGAAGAUGAAAGGCUCAUAAGGUAUAUGUUGACCAAUGGACAAGGAUGUUGGAGUGACAUUGCUAGGAAUGCUGGUCUCUUACGCUGUGGCAAAAGUUGUCGCCUUCGUUGGAUCAAUUACUUAAGGCCUGAUCUUAAACGUGGUGCCUUCUCCCCUCAAGAAGAAGAUCUCAUCAUCCAUUUUCAUUCCAUUCUUGGUAACAGGUGGUCUCAAAUAGCUACUCGGCUUCCAGGAAGGACAGACAACGAGAUCAAGAACUUUUGGAACUCCACAUUGAAGAAGAGGUUUAAGAACAACAACAACAAUACUUCUUCUGGAUCAUCACCUAACAAUAGUAAUAGUAACUCUUUGGAUCUAAGAGAUCAGCAUGUGGAAAUGGGAGGCAAGUCAAACUCAAUGAUGGGUAGCUAUCAUCAUCAACAUGAUGACAUGAUGAUAAUGGGGAACACCAUGGGUAUGGACUCUUCUUCAUUCCAUUUUGCACCCGUGGUUAGUGGUGUGGGAUUGAACCAACUGGACCCCUUGAUAUCAGUACCGGAUCAUAGCCAAUAUCAACAAAUGGGAAACACAGGGAAUGUGUUCAACGUCAAUGGGUUAGGAGAUUAUGGAAACGCAAUUCUUGAUCCGAUUAGCAAGAGAGCAUCAGUAGAAAGUGAAUGGUUUCUUCCAGCGUCCGAGAAUAUAAAUUCUAUUCCUUGUACCACAAGCAACAACCUAAACGUAGAAGUCCUUGAUCCCUGUUUCAAUAGCAAAACAAUGUGUCAUUCAGAAAGCUUCAAAGUAGGGAACAUGUUUGGCAUGGAGAAUGCUUCUUGGGAAACAGAAAACCCUAAAAUUGGAGAUUGGGAUUUGGAUGGUCUCAUUGAUGACAACUCUUCUUUCCCCUUCCUUGAUUUCCAAGUUGAUUAACAAAUAUUUCCUCUUCCAUAAUUCUCUUUACUCAUUUGUAUUCAUUCUUCUAUACUUUUUUUCUUCUUCCUAUUCAUCUUCACAAUUACCAGAGCAGAUACUACCCCUCACUAGGGAGCUCGUUUUAAACAAUUGAGCUGCUUGCGAUGGGUUUAUGCACGGUUCCUUGAGUACAUGAAAUGUGAACAGGAAGGUUUGAGAUUUAUUU